UUAACUUCUAACCAUUGAAGUUAAUAUUUUAUAUACACUCCAUUUACAAAGAGACAAAGACAGAACAUAAAUAAAGACACUCUUAACUUCACUUUACACUUUCAACUUCACUUCAAUUAAUUCCCAAUUCGAAAAAAUCUCAGAUCCAAUCACAUCCCACCAGAUGCUCACCGCCAACACUACCACCGCCGUCUUCCUCCUCCUCCUCCUCGUCACUCUCUGCUCCGGUCAAACUCCACCAGCACCAGAACCCACCGCCGCCGAUGGACCUUCAUCUCCGGCGAACUGUUUAGUAUCUAUGCUAAACGUAUCUGACUGCUUCUCGUACGUUAAAAUGGGAAGUAAUGAGAUCAAACCUGAACCUUCUUGUUGCCCUGAGCUUGCUGGUAUGGUUCAAAGCUCGCCGGAGUGUGUUUGUAAUCUUCUCGGCGGUGGUGCUUCGCCGCGUUUUGGUGUUAAGCUUGAUAAGCAAAGAGCUGAACAACUCACAACAAUCUGCGGUGUGAAAGCUCCUAGUUUGUGUUCUGUUUUUGGGUUUCCGACGAUCUCUCCAGCCGGAAGUGAAGAUUCAUCAACUGCAGGGUCAGACUCAGAGAAAGAUAAGAAAAAUGGUGGUGCCACUUGUAAAGAUCACGGAGUAGCUUUUAACUCCUUAGUCUUUAUAUUAUUGUUCAUGAUGUUUUCUUUAUUCUAAGCAUUACAUAACUUAAACUAGGUAACGUGAUGCAGCAUAUAAUUCUACUCUCUUCUAAUGUGUGUAUGUUCUUAUGGAACUUGGAUUCUAUACAAAUCAAUAAUGGAAUUGACCAUUUUGAAGUGGUA